UCUAUCGCGCAUGCGUACCGAGCUCCACCCGGCCUGUCGCAAGCAACGCGCAUAUCGAGAACGGGUCUUCGUUAGGAACAGCGUGUAAUAACGUUUAUUUUUUCUUCCUGCGGUUUUACAAGAAGUCGAAACCAUGUCGGAAGACGAGAUGAUAUUUGAUCCCACUAUGACCAAGAAGAAGAAGAAAAAGAAGAAGCCUUUCAUGCUGGAGGAAGAUGGUGGAGAGGGAGAUGAAGGCCAACAGCUAGAAAUAAAAGAGACAGAGGCUGACUGGGCCGAGGAGAAAGAGUUAGAUCUUGAUGAAGAUGAGGGGAGGAAGAAAGAAACAUCAGAUGACCUGGAUGACUUAAACUUCUUUAACCAGAAGAAAAAGAAAAAGAAGUCCAAAAAAGAGAAGAUUUUUGAUGCCGAGCUUGAAGAAGGAAUGAAGGAGCUGAAGAUCGAAACAGAGCCAUCAGAAACACAAGAGGAGGAUGACUUAAUGCUGCCCAUGAAGAAGAAGAAAACAAGAAAAGUCAAAGAUUUUCAAGAGGACACAGACAGUCAAAGCAAAGAUAAUGGUGUCGAAGAUGAAGACAGUAAAAACAUCGAUGACAUCACAUUCAGCACACAGACGGGCCCUGCCUGGGCAGGAUCAGAGAGAGAUUACACAUAUGAUGAGCUUUUGUUUAGAGUCUUUAACAUCAUGCGGGAAAAAAAUCCAGACAUGGUCGCAGGAGAGAAGAGAAAGUUUGUGAUGAAGCCUCCUCAGGUUGUCAGGGUCGGCACAAAGAAGACCUCCUUCGUAAACUUCACUGACAUCUGCAAACUGUUGCAUCGACAACCAAAACAUCUCUUGGCUUUUUUGCUGGCUGAGUUGGGCACAUGCGGAUCCAUAGAUGGAAACAAUCAGCUCGUCAUCAAAGGCAGAUUCCAGCAGAAACAGAUAGAGAAUGUCUUAAGAAGAUACAUAAAGGAGUAUGUGACGUGCCACACGUGUCGGUCUCCUGACACAAUCUUGCAGAAGGACACGCGUCUGUAUUUCCUGCAGUGUGAGACGUGUCACUCCCGCUGCUCCGUCGCCAGCAUCAAGACCGGAUUCCAGGCUGUGACGGGCAAGAGAGCGCAGCUGCGUGCCAAAGCCAACUAGCGCCUGUCCCUCCACCAUCAAACACCUUACACGGCCCGUCGGAACACCUGUACUCCACCACCAAACUCAACAAAUCCACUCACGCAGGUUACUACUCAAUCUGUUCAGGAAGUCUGAAAUUUAGAUCAGAGUUCUCGGUCAUCUCAAAUGCAUCAUUUAAUUUCAGCUCCUUAGAGCUCUGAAAUGGCCUAUGCACCCGAAGAGAGUGCUGAUUUGUUCGGUCUGGCUGUGGAGCAGAGAGAGCGCAGAGCCUGGAGGAUUUUAUGAAUGAACUAUUGGUGAAAUUUGUUGUUGCUGUAUUACCUUCAGAAAAACUAUUGAAAUAAAAUGCAUACCAGCUGGGCAAACACA